AUGGCCCGACGCGCGACGCGCUGCCGCGGUGCACUCCGCCGCCAGUCAAAGCGGGAACCGGACCGAGCGCUUUUUUUAGGCUUCAAAAAGAAAAAGGUGCGCAGCUGGAAUAGAAGGAACGGCGGGCAGUUCCUUAUAUUACCGCCGUAUGUUUCGCGCUCGCUUAUCGGGGGCACAGCUGGCCGCGCUGCCGUGACGUCCCCCCCCUCUCCGUCACCGCCGCCGUACCCUGCCGUGGCCUGGGCCUCUGACCCGGCCGCCAACUUCUCCACGCCCUUCGAGGUGCUCGGCGACGGCGGAAGACUGUGGCUUGAGCCGCUGAGCGCGCGCCACUGGCGGCAGGAGCUGCUCCUGAAGGGCGCGUCCUGGUUUGGAUUCCAGAGCGACACCGCGUGUGUGCACGAGCUCUACAAGGGGUGGGCAAACCUGGGUUACGCGGUGGACGACUACAUCGCCUUCCUCACGCGGCACGGCUUCAACAGCGUUCGGCUGCCGCUCUCGGUGGAGCACGUUGCCUCUAAUCCGACCCUGACGGGCUCGUGCGGGAGGGAGUGGGAGGGGCUCCGCAGCCUGGCGGCGCUGGAUGACCUCGUGCGCCGGCUUCAGGACGCUGGCAUCUACGUGAUGCUCGGAAUCCACGUCAUCGCCACAGACACCAACAGCGCCCUGUGGUGCCAGAGCGUGGAGGGUGGCUGCAGCAGCGAGGACGAGGAGCCACUCUUCGACGCGUGGAGCUCGCUCGUGACGCGGUACUGUGCAUCUCCUAACGUUAUCGCCGCCGACCUCUACAACGAGCCCUUUGGCGCCACCUGGGGCAGCGGCGACCGCAUGACAGACUGGGACCUAGCUGCCGAGCGCCUCGGCAACCACGUGCUCGCUCGCUGCCCGCGGUGGCUCAUCUUCGUGCAAGGCAUCGCCAACAAUGGCGGGUGGUGCCGCAACCACCCGUCGGGGCUACACAGUGGCCACACGUGCUGGUGGGGCGAGGCCGUCCACCCGCACCGUGCUCACCCGAUCGAGCUCUCGGACGCGAGCAAGCUGGUGCUGUCGCCGCACGCCUACGGCGAUGACUCGAAGAACCCGAACCACCCAGGGACGCCCGAGGUGUGGGACACGCAUUGGGGACUGAUCCCGUCCGAGGAGGGCACCCCGGUGGUGCUCGGGGAGUGGGGCGGCCUGUGGGACGACACAGGGCCGUGGCAGGAGCGGAUGCAGGAGUACCUCAUCGAUCGCGGCUUGGGGCACUUUUACUGGUCGCUCAACGACAACUCGUUCGACACCGGCGGCCUCUACAACUCGGUAAACCAGCCCAAGUGGGACAUGCUCGCAUCCUCGCUCGCCAGCUCCGCCGCGGUCGACCUUUGGUGCAGCGAUGAGGCGGCCGCCCGCGCGACAUACGGCGACAUCUCGGGCUGGGACGUGAGCGCGAUCACCGACAUGCAGUGUCUGUUCAGCGCUUGGUCGUGGUGCAACGGCGGCGGCUCCACCACCGGCAAGGACACGUGCAACCCCGACAUCUCGGCGUGGGACACGUCAGCGGUUUCCAAUAUGAAAUCCAUGUUCGACAGCGCCUCCUCCUUCGACCAGGACAUCGGGUCGUGGGACGUGUCGGCGGCCACCAACAUGCGGGGCAUGUUCUUCGAGACCUCCUCCUUCGACCAGGACAUCGGGGCGUGGGAUGUGUCGGCGGCCACAGAAAUGAGCGGCAUGUUCUACGGCGCCUCCUCCCUCAGCGACUGCAACAAGGCGCUCAUCCACGCCGGCUUCGACGCUCAGACGAGCGCCUGGACCUACUCGUGGGGCUCGCUCGACAACCCGCGAACGUCGGCUGGCUCUGCUACUUUCGCCAAGCGGGUCACCCUGGAAAAUCAGCAGCCCGUCCGCUCCGUGACCGUCACCCGGGACACCAAUAACAAGCCGUCAAAGGCGAAGAAGUAUCUUGAGGACUUCGAGGUCUGGGUCGGCAAGAAGGCUGGAGAAAAGGCGGUGAAGUGCGGCGGACCGUUCGCCUGGUCAAAAAUCAAGAAGGGGCCAGUCACGACGCCGUGCGAUUUUGCCAAGUCCAAGCACUACUACGUCACUGUCAUUCUCCCGGGCACUAGAAAAACGCUCGCGUUUGGCGAGAUAGAGAUACGUUAG